CUCACCAUCGUAAACACAACACCAUCGCCUCUUCCGCUCUCCACCGCCAAGCGCCUUAUCUCUCAUACUUGCUCCUCAGUUCACUCAGAGGCACCCAACGCAUCGCCUACAUAGGUCAUUACUGGAUUGACUCGUCCCCCCAGCUAUGGAUACGUCAACAGUCCCUCUGCUUAGAUGCUGCCAUCGCCCUCCUCCUGAGUCCUGUUGGGAUUAGGAUUUGAGAGACCCUGGUUACUCAGGGCUCGUUCUGUCCCGCAACAACCCCCCCACCCCGCCCCCUGCAAACCCCCAUGACGCAGGACUGUUCUUGAGACUAUCGAACACUUCCUGCUCCACUGCCCACGUUUCCACUUCCGUCGCACUGCACUGCGCCCUCAACUUUCGGCCCUAAGCAUCACAACUCUUCGCCCGCUUACCCUCCUGACGGCCUUAGGCGUUCACCCUUCAUGCCAGCUUGCUGCCCUCCCGCCUCAUUUGUGCCUUCCUGAGGAAGACCAGCCAGCUGCCACGCUUGUAAUAGCUGUUCAGGGAUCAAAAGAACCACAAGGUCUCCGUGCAGAACAAGUCUUCUUCUUCUUCGUCGUCGUCGUCCAUGUCCUCGUCCUCGUGAUCGAGUAGUUGGUCGCGAGGAAUGGUGGCUGCAGCUGACGGGUCGUUGGCCCCUAUUGUGUGUUCCUCGGUGGGUUGGGCCUCUCUUGUUGCCGAGAUGGGGGUGACGUCCUCGCUAGUGUUCGCCAGGAUAUCCACGUCGUCGUCCUCGUCCUUGUGCUCCUCCAUCGUGUUCUGAGAAGAAAGAUAAACCAAGGAGCGACGAAAGGCAAACCAACCGCUGCUGAAAUAAAAAAAACGAGGUGGCAAAAGAGAUGAGCUGAAGAGUAUGUGUAAGCCUUGCAACAGCAAAGAGGCGAAUGAGGGAAUCGGCCUGAUGGCUGAUACCUGGGAAUAGAAAACGAGUUUCUAUCAGUGCACGGGAAGGACAACACUGCCUUGGACAACGAGCCGGCUAUCAUGAGUGACCUGACCAGGCCAAAGUUGAUUGGCUUUGAUCUAGAUUACACACUGUGGCCUUUCUGGGUGGACACUCAUGUCGAUCCUCCUUUUCAUAAGGACUGGAAGGGACAAGUGCUGGACGUGCACAACAAGAAGAUAAAAUAUUAUGCAGAAGUACCAGAAGUUUUGAAAUGGCUUCAUAAAGAGGGCUAUAUACUGGCAGCUGUGUCCCGCACUGGAGAAAUUAAAGGGGCCAACCAACUUCUUGAAUUGUUAGAUUGGGACAAGUACUUCACAUAUAAAGAAAUUUAUCCUGGAUGCAAGAUCAGUCAUUUUAACCGAAUAAAAACGAAGUCAGGAGCAGAAUUCAGUGAAAUGCUGUUUUUUGAUGACGAGCACAGAAACAAGCGUGACCUGGAUACCAUUGGUGUGCACACAGUGAUUGUGGAUGAUGGUAUCACCAAAAAACUUGUUAGGCAGGGAUUGGAAGAGUUUUGCAAGCAUUGAUAAUUCUAUAUAAACAGUGUUCACUUGCUUUGUGUUAAGUUUCAGUAGGGUGUUUUUGUACCUGGGAUAAAUUCCUGUGUUAUCUACUGAAGCUUGUUAAAUUUUUUAUUUUCUCUUUUCUUGAAACUACAAAAAAAGAAUUUUUUUUUUUAUAUUAAUGUUUGGUAGUUAUUGGGAUUUAGACAACUUUUCUCUAUUUAUCUUAACAUUUAUUGCAUUACACAACAUUAAAAGGCCGUAAUUUCAUAGAAAACUGUGUAAAAAAUAGUUUGUAAAAGAUCAAAGGCCACUGCAACUUUUUUAGCAAGUUAGUUUUGCCAAAAGUUAAAAUUCAAGCUUCCAAUUUCAAUUGUGAGGGAGGGCAUUUACUACUUCAGUGACUCAGUUAAAUGUUCGUGAAAUUACAAUCAAACUUCACACUUGGUAAGUAUUCGUUUAAUUUUAUAAUUUCACUUCACAACCAUUUAACUGACGUCACUGGUAGUCAACGAGAACUUUAGAGUGAUCUCUCAAACUGAAGAAACCCAUAACAGGUGCAGAGCAAAGGAAAAACAACUCAAUUUCCAGCAACUGUAUUAUAAUAAGAAGUAUCAAGGAAAACACAAAACAUACAUAAAGCAUCAACAGGUAAAAGCUGGAACUCACGGGAUAGUGAGAAGUAGCACAUACGAAGCCACAACCAAGGGAAACAAGCAAACAAAACAAAACAUAUAUGCAAAGCACAAAAGUAUAAUCAACCAAGAAGUAAAUCAUGGCCAAAUUUUUCCCCCUGGAAAAAACCAACAAAGGACAAAGCUGUAUGGUACUAACACAAAAAAUGUCUAACAAAGGACAAAGCUGCUGGAAUACAUAAGAAAAUGUCCAACAAAGACAACAAUAGACAGGAAACAUAAUAGCACACAUGGCAAGAACAUAACUGCCCAAAAAGCACAAA